AGGAAGCCUCGUAUUAGGUUUUGCAACUGGCAACAACGGUUUCUACGAAAUGUCUAUUGUUAUUGUCAUUAAGUUGUCAUUGAUAAUAUAUAAUUCUAUGAGAAAAAGGUAGGAUAGCUCCAGAAACAGUAAUUUUUCGUGUGAAAUUUAUGUGCAAAAUUAUGGCGACAAAGUAUACUGAGACCGAAAAAAUGUUCCUGGUCCAGAUGGUCGCUCAACACAGGGUAAUAGCUGAAAAUAAAAAAACAGACGCUGUAUCAUUGAAGGAGAAACAGGCUGCUUGGGAUAAAAUUCAAUGUUCCUAUUGUAGCCAGGGCAUUCCAACUAAAAGUGUGAAACAAUUAAAAAAGUGUUGGGACAAUAUAAAACAGAAAAAAAGGCAGCAUAAUACAUUAUCCCGACAAAACAGGUUGUUAACGGGAGGUGGUUCUCCUAAGGAGGUCAUUACUGAUCCCGUUACGGAUUUUGCGGGGAGUGCUUUUGCAGCAAUAGAUGUUGAGUUGGGGAACGACUGGGACAGCACAGCUGUUUUCGAAAAAAAAAAUUUGUUAAGCCCGUUAGCUACAAAGGGCAAUGAUGCAGUGAUGGAUAACCGAACCCCACUGUCCCCACUGAAUGAUGAAAGCAGCCAGUCAGAGGAUGAAGCUGUGCUACCAUGUCAGCCUUCAGCAGGUGCAUCUAUGAAGGUUGUGCCUGAACAGCUCACUCCAGCACCCAUUGAUCAAAAAGCACUCCAUCCGUCUAACAGGCGAAUGCGAUCCAAGCGCACAUGUAGCUGUAACGACGAGUUAAUUCAGCUGCAAAUUAAAAAAGUGAGAGACGGCAUUGACCAGCAACGGGAGUUGCACGAAAAGCGGAUGGAAGCCGCGAACGCUGAAGCCAGAUUAGCUAUGGUUCGUCUGCUCCAGGCGGAAGAAGAGCUUCGCGAUUCCCUAGAUAAAUAG